UCAAACUGUUGUUCGAUUUGACAACGAUCUAGAUUUGUAAAUUAACUAAUUUGGAACGUGACUGCACAUUUAUCGUGAAAGUACUGUUAAUUAUUAGUUAAUUAAUUUGCCGGUGUUACAAACACUUCCGCGCCAAUUAAUAUAAAAUCUGUUUGAGUAUUUUCUAAUAGUACUAGUAAAAUGACGUCGGAAAUUGUAACGCCUCCAUCAGUAUCAUGGGCGCAGAGUAAUGCCCGUGUGUAUUUGACUUUUAACGUUGAAUGUGAUAAACCAGACAUAAAAAUAGAAAAAAAUGCAGUGUCUUUUAAGGGAAUAUGCGCUCCUGAACAAAAAUUGAACCAAGUUGACAUACCUUUGUUUGCUGAAGUCGAUCCCGAAAAAAGUACACAGGUUAACAAAGGAAGACUCAUUGAACUUGUUUUAGUAAAGCACAAGACUGAUGAACCAUUUUGGCCUUCAUUAACAAGUGAUAAAAAGAAACACCAUUGGCUCAAAGUUGAUUUCAACCGGUGGCAGGAUGAAGAUGAAAGUGAAGAUGAUCUGGACCCCAUGAACGAUAUGUUCUCAAACAAAAUAGGAGAUUUCGGAGAUGAAGAUAUUGAGAAAAAUGACUCGAGCUCCGGAGAAGAGGAAGAUCUCCCUGAUAUUGAAUAAACAAUGACAUACAUUUCCGUUAGAUAAAUAGACCAUCUGAAUAAUAAAUUUAUUGUACUGUGCUUUUUUAUCAUGUAAAAGUAGCUUGUAUUAAGAAUAGACAGUUGUUUGCACCUUUGUGGAAACAGCUAUAUACCCACAGCAUGAAUUUGAGGUAUAUAAAGGAAGAUUAAGGAAUUUGCCAUAAGAGUUUUAUUUUUUAUUUUUUUAUGAUAAAUUGGAAAUAUUAAUAAUCAAAUUAGAUAGCCGUAAACAAAGAUGAGUUACUAAAGAGUUUGUAAUAAGUAGUUUACAUAUUUAAUUUUCUUAUUUAUAUGGUUUACUUCUUUAGUGUAAAGAUGGUUCUAAGUAAAUGUCAACAUUAUUUGUUGUGGUUUUAUUAGGCUACUUGUGUGAACCCUAAACUUAUUCCAAAGUAGGUUUGACUGCAUACCUGGUGUAAUCGCAAUCAUUGAACCUAUUGCAUUGUUUUUUUUAAAUAAAGU